UCGUCUUCGUUCUCGGUCAUGCCACUUCCUGUUUAUCCUCGAAUCGAAAACUCGUAGUUAUCCAAGAUACAGACGUGAAACGUGUUUCGAAUCGCUGAACAAGACGAUAACGAGCAUUUCGUUCUUACAGAUAUCUAAUGCUUAACAGCUGGAAUCGAUCAUCCCGUCGGAGACAUCGAAGCAUCACACUUUGAUGGACGAAAACGUCUAUCAGUACGUGAGAAAUUCAUCACCUCUAUCUACAAUCUGUUUGCUACAUGUUUCAACCAAAGGGAAAUCCGGGCCAGAGAAAAUCGAUGAGUUUGAAUGACCCGAGAUCUGGCGAACAUAAUCCAGACCUUAAGUCAAGACUUUCAAGGUUCUCUCGGUUUUUUCGAGGAAAAGGUGUAAAAAAAGAAAAGAUUGACCCAGAACUUGAAGUCAAUCAAAGAGUUGUGACAUUUAUCGAGGACGAUGUAUCCAGAGGAACUAUUCGUCAUAUUGGUGAGGAGAAAGACUCCAAUGGAAUUGUUCAAAAGAUUCUUGGCCUAGAAAUGGAUAAAAUGAUCAGCAUAGGUGGAUGUGGCAGAAGGAACGGAAGACGGUUAUUUUCUUGUGAAGAAGGUUUUUCCUUGUUUAUUCCUGUGGAAUCUGUUAUGCUAGAAAGAGAGUUUGACGCUGAACCUGAAGCGCUUGAAACACCUGAAGAAGAAGAAGAAGAGAGUUCUGAGGAAUUCGAUUCGCAGUCCGACGAUGAUUCGUCAGAAAUGGGUAUAGACAAAGUUUCUGUCGAGAGGAAGCUUGAAGUCGAACAGGACCAUUGCACACCAUCAAACCCACAAGAGGAAGAAUAUAGAGAAUGGAAAGAAUACUGGAAAAUGCAGUCAACUACGUUACAAGAAGGGAUGACCAAUUGCAAAGUUGAAUCUGAUCACGUGUGGGAUGAAACAGUCACGUUAUAUGGACAGCUCGUGGAACAGAGCAUUACUGUAAGCAGUGAGUCUUUGGCACAGGGAUUAACGGGUUCUGGUACAGACUUGGAUGAGGAAACGAAACAUCAGAACAAUGAGGUUUUGGAACUACAAGUAAAGGAGGAACAACUUGUGAAAGAGGAACAAGAAGCUGUUCCUAGCAAAGCACUUCAAGAUGGCGAGAAACAGCAAAAUAAUGCACUUGGACAAACGAAAAAUGCUGAAGAAGACCUUAAAAUCUCCCAGGAUGACUUUUCCAUUACGGCUGUUAGAUUGCACGAAGCAGAGGAAGAGGAAGAGCGAAGAGUGGAAAACUUGUCAACAGAUUUAAGUGAGACUGAACAAAGAUUAAGAAAAGAACUUAUAAGGACAGAAAUUAGAGUGGUUUUGUUGAACAAUCAGCUCAUGAUUAAGCAACAGCAAGUGAAAAACUUUCAGAGAAAAGUUGAGACGAUGGAGCAACAGUUGACAGUAAGGGAACAUCAAAAAGAGACUUUUCGAACACAACGGGAUAAAGAGCAAAGAUUGCUGGAGGAAUUAAACGAAAAGGAGACGACAGAAAUUCUGCUACGGAAACAGCUCAGAGGAAAGGAUUGUUUAGAAGUAAGCCUCCGAAGACAGCUGAGUGAAAAAGGGCAACAAUUGGAGGAGAAAGACAAGGGAGAUGAAACUCUACGAGAAGAGUUUAGGGAAAUGGAAGGAAGGUUGAGGGAAGAAAUAACAGAGAAAGAUGCGAGACAAGUAGUUUUGUGUGAACAAUUCAAAGAAAAGGACCAGCAAUUGAAGGAGAUGAAACAACAGUUGACAGCGACAGAGGAGCGAGAAGAAGAUCUCAAGACGCAAAUAAGAAAUGUAGAAGAACAGUUGAGAAAAAAUGAGGAUCGAGUCGAAAAUUUGCGAACGAACCUCAGAGAUGCAGAGCAACGAUUAACACAGAACGAAGCACAAGAGGAAAAUUUACGUUCAAUUCUAAAGCUGACGGAGGAACGGAUGAGAGAAGAAUUAGCAGAAAAGGAAACGAGAGAAACUGAGUUGUGCGAACAGCUUAGAGAAAACGAGAAGCGGACUCUCGACCUACAGAGACGCUUGAGCGAGAUGGAACAGCAAUUGUCAGAAAAAAACGAUGAAAAGCAAACUUUGCUACGACAACUUACGGAGAUGGAACAACGAUCAAGGGAGGAGACAGCGGAGAUAGAGAUGAAAGAAAUUGGGUUUCAUGAACAACUUAGAGAAAGAGAGCUAGAAAUGAGGGAGAUAAGACAGCAGUUGACUGAGAAAGAGCAACAAGAGGAGAACUUACGAACACAACUAAGGGUGCACUUAAUGUAACAACGGCUGAGAGAAGAAGUGAUAGAAGAAGCUACUGGGCUAGGUGAACAGCUCAGAGAAAGGGAUCAA